GUAGGGCGGCCGCCGCGCGCGCACGGCACGCCGGGUAGGCGAGCGCCUCGGCGGCCGCACGCCGGAUACCCAAAUAAGAGUCCGGCCUCACCCUACGCAGGCGCACUAAGGAGGCGCCGCUCUGGGGGCGGGAGAAGCCUGGGCCCCGCCCCCGCCGGACGCCCCGCCCCCCUGCUCUCCGACUUGCGCCGGUGGAAUCCCGGUUGUAGCUGCAGGCAUUCCUUGCCGUAACUUUUAAAUUAUAUUUGGAAAGAAACUGGCCAAAGGGGGCAAAAAUGAUAAAGUUCUUCCUUAUGGUAAACAAACAAGGGCAGACGCGACUGUCGAAGUACUAUGAGCACGUGGAGAUCAGUAAACGCACUCUUCUGGAAACGGAGGUCAUCAAGAGCUGUCUGUCUCGGUCCAGCGAACAGUGCUCGUUCGUUGAAUAUAAGGAUUUUAAACUGAUCUAUCGGCAAUAUGCAGCUCUCUUCAUUGUGGUUGGAGUUAACGACAAUGAGAAUGAGAUGGCUGUUUAUGAAUUCAUACACAAUUUUGUGGAAGUUUUGGAUGAGUACUUCAGCCGAGUGAGUGAACUAGACGUAUCCUUUUCAGAACAUCUUCCCGUGGCAUGUGGCAAAGCACACUCUAGGUAUAAUCACAUAAGCGCCGUCACGCAGGAGGGGUUUCUCUAUGAAGCACUGGCUGUCCUGGAACUCACUCUAUAAACCUGGCUGGCCUCAUACCAAGAAAUCUACUUGCUUCUGUAUCCUGAGUGCUGGGAUUAAAGACAUGCACCACCACUGCCCAGCUGAUAGUUCUUUAGAACAUGAUUUUAUUUUAGAAGUCUUUAAAGCCCCUUCAGAGCUGCUGUAGGUUUGCAAAGGCACCUGUCUCAUGCUUUCCUUAUUGCCAAAGCACUGGAGUUGUAAGGAAUGACAUCAGUGUUGUAUGCGGUCUCUGAGUCUGCCACCACCUAGCAGAGCACAUCCUAGACGAUGACAGCUUGCAGUGACCCUGAACAGUGACCGGCAUCACUGGGAUUCGUGGACUUGCUAAACUUGAGACCCAGAACCCAGCUCUACUUUCUUCACUAACAUCCUAAAAGCCUGUGCCCAUUAUAGGUACAGAAACCAGCAGAGACCUGCUCUCCACAGGUGCUAAUCUCAGCCUGACAGAAUGAGAAACUGCAGAGCCAUUUGCUCAAACUGGAGAGAUAGCAGCCGGGGAAGUAGGCAUUGCUCAGGGUUGCCAUUGCUGGGAAGACUCGGCUUCCCAAUGGCCCAAAGACUUCUGUGUGUGCUCCCAGAAGCUCCACCAGCCAGGGGAUCCGCAUUCCCCUGAGAAAGACAUGGAAUGGCAUAGAUCCAGGAGUCUGCUUCCAGCCUCUUCCGACUCCCACAGCCUUCACACUUUUGCAUCUCCUUUGUUUUUGUGGUUGGUUAGCUAGUUAAUUUGGGGGGACAGGCUCUUCAGUCUUGGCUGGCCUGGAAAUUGCUAUGUAAUAAAAUAAAACAUCAAGUGAGAAACA